AGUUGGCAGGCCAAUGACGAGCGCGCACCACAGCUCGAGCCAAAGGCCGCCAAUUUCUGAGUGUCAUUGUCGGCGUGCUAUACAUAAAUGUCAGACUCGGAAGCUCGAGACAUCUCAACGCUAGAUACGCCUCAACGGAAAGCCUGCUCGCGAAGCACCACUGCCGACUGAGCAUUCAAUUUGGCCUACGUCUCAGCUGUCUGUCCCGCACGAAUGCCUCGUCUGCGCUCUCGGACUCGAUCAUCCGGUGCCUGCUUCUCUUCAAACACUCCUCUAGAGCUACAGCUUAGGCGGCGUCAUUUUGCAUCAGCAGCUUUGCGGUCUGACCCACUCGAAGUAACGCCCAGCUCUUGUUCUACCCCUUUCCUUCCUUCUUCUCCUCACGUCACUUGUCAAGGUAUGAAUGGUAUCCGUCAAAAGGCUUGCACGCGUGGCAUGCGCUUCUGAGAACUUCAAGUCUGCUGGUCCGGACACAGGUCGGGCCUUUGUCGCUUUUGUUGAUGUACAAGAACGAUCUGAGGUACAGUUUGCGGCAGAGCAGAGGUUAAAGAAGGGAUGGCUGGGGACAGAAGGGCGAAUUUGUGUGCUGAGGGCCUGGAGCUGAGGCAAUGAAGCGGUACAUCGGUCGAUUUCGAGGCCAG